UCUCGCGGUUUCAAAUUUGGAGUUUUCCACCGUCGUGAUCACCUUCACAACGCUCUCACUUCUCUCUUCAUUCUCUUCUACCCAUUGCCGCAUUGAACACAAUCGAACCAGUUUCCUCUUCUUGUUUGGCUUGCCUCGAUUCAGAAACCGUUUCUGAUCACGUCCGUUCGGGGUUAAUUAAUUGGUUCUUCAAAGGUGUUUAUUCAUCUGGUUUGUUUGUUGUUCUGGUGAUAAUGAGCAAUUGGAGAAGACAAAGAAGGCCACAGAACAGAAAUCCGCCUCCUGGUGGCAGUCGGCAAUUGCAGCAAAGUGUGCCUUCAUGGGAAAAGAAAUUUUGCUCUGUCGUUGGCUGUAUUCCAUGGCGAAAGUUCUUAGAGAAGAAGAACUUUACACACAUAUACCCGAAGGUCUUGAAUUGGAAUGACUCUGCAGGUGAAGAGGCCUUCCGCAAUGCUAAGAAUCGUUUCUGGGCAGAUUUGAAUGGACUUCCCUGUGACAUACCUUUGCCUGAUCCAAAUAUGUACAUCGAUGAGAUAGAUUGGAAUUCCACCAUUGAUCCCGAGCAGCUAAUAGACCUGAAGCAUGACUUCGUGGUUCCUGUGGAUGAGCAAGUUGUGAUUCUUGAUGAACUUCACAUCGCAAAUCACUUAGACUAUACCAUCGGCUGGGGAGCUGCCGAAGAGGAUUUCAAGACCGGUUUAGCACUGGAAAACAAGGGAAGUCCAUGGCAGCACACGUCUGCUCGGGCUGAUGGGCCUGUUGGAGUGAAUGAUACAGCUGGGGUUUUCAACGAUUCACGGGGCAGGAAUGAGGCUGAUCACUUGCACAAUUGCAACACUGGCUGGGGAGGUGUGGAACCUCUUGUGUCAAACCAAAUGCACCAUUCCACUGGCUGGGGAGUUGCCGAACCUCUUUCCUCAAACCAAUUGUACUCUUCCACUGGCUGGGGGGACGCCUAACUUAGUCUCUCAAAUCACUUGCACUAUUCCACCGGCAGGGGAUAUGCCGGACCAGAAAAAACCAGUGAUAUGGUUGGAACAAUUCCUGGGACAGGAAUGAGGCUACUGAAGUUGCUAGAACUGAUGGAUGGGAAGAUGGUUGGAACAAUUACUGGGGCUGGAACCAUUGGGAAGAUAAUACUCUUAAGUACGACAUUAGAGAGAUCCAAAUGCUACUGGAGUCAGGGAACGCACGCCAGUAACAAAAAUGGCAAAGAUACUGAUAAGAACAUGCCAAGGUAUGCGAGCUGAAGGUUUCAUCGCGACAAUGAAGUUGGUAAGAGUGAACAGUGAAGAGGAACAAGCUAGCUAACCAAAAUCAUUUCAUUCAUUCAUUCAAUUCUGGUUUAUGUUUUGUGUUCUGUUCGUUUGUUUAGGUAGCAGUUUGUUUGUAUUAGAUUUCAGACAUGCUUUGCAGCAUCGAAGAGGUUGUGCUAACAGGUUAUGUUUGUGUUUGUUUUCUCGUAGAUUUGGAUAUAAUUUUGCAGAGUUGUUUACUGUCUCAAGCA